AUGUCUAAACCAGUAGUUACGAUUAUUGGAUCACUCAAUUGUGAUUUAGUUACAUUCACAAACAAAGUCCCCCAAGGUGGAGAAACAUACACAGCAAAUUCAUUUGAAACUCAUCAAGGUGGUAAAGGAUUAAAUGAAGCAAUUGCAGUUUCAAGAUUAUCACCAACUAAUAAAAUUCAUACUAGAAUGAUUGGUAAAAUUGGUAAAGAUGAUUUUGGUAAAAAUUUAAAAAAUUGUUUAAUUGAAUCUGGAGUUGAUACUACAUAUAUUGAAGAAAUUGAAAAUAUAUCAUCUGGUGUUGCAGUAAUUAUAGUUGAAUCAAAUGGUGAGAAUAGAAUUUUAAUAACUCCAGGUACAAAUGGUGAAUUAAAACCUACAGAUGAGGAAUAUUCUAAAUAUUUUAAAGAUAUAGAUAUUGGAUUUGUUGUAUUACAAAAUGAAUAUCCUGAUACUGCUAAAACAAUUGAUUGGUUAAAAUUAAAUAAACCAAAUAUUAAUAUUGCAUAUAAUCCAUCACCUUUCAAAAAAGAACUAAUAACUAAUGAAAUAUGGUCAAAAAUAGAUUUAUUGAUAGUCAAUGAAGGUGAAGCAUUAGAUGUAGCUAAACAUUUAUUACCAAAAACUAAAAUUAAUGAAGAUGUAAAAGGGUUUGAAAAUUUAACAAUAGAAAUUCAAAAAUUAAUUAAUCAAAGUAAUAUAAAAACUGUAAUAAUAACAAUGGGAAGUAAAGGUAGUUUAUUUCAUGAUGGAAACACAACAACAAAACCAAGAUUUAUAGAAUCUAAAAAAGUUGAAAAUGUAAUAGAUACAACUGGUGCAGGUGAUACAUUUUUCGGAGGAGUUGUUUCGAAUUUAGCAUUAGGUAAAAAAAUUGAAGAUGCAGUUGAGUUUGCAACAAUUGCAAGUAGUUUGGCAAUACAGAAAAAGGGAGCAGCUGAAGGAAUUCCAACUUACGAAGAAGUUUUAAAAAAUUUAUAG